ACCCGCGCCUCCGUUCACGGUGAAGUAGCCGAAGAGGCAAGGCGGCCACCGCAGAGCUAGGGCACACCUCCCCUUCGCCGCCGCCGCCGCUCCUCUCGCCGGAGAACCGCCGCCGUCGGAACGCGCGCCGCUGCCUCUCUCCUUGGUAUCAUUCGGUAAGCUUAGGUUUGGCGGUGGGCGGGGGCCGCGAUGGGGGAAGAGGCGGAGAACACCAGCAAGCGCAAGGCGCCGGACUCGAGCGCGGUGGAGGAGCCGAGCCCGCCGGCGCCGGCGUCGACGGCGCAGUCGCAAGCGGAGGCGGACCCGGCGGCCAAGCGCCGGAACCUCUCCCGGUCGUGCAUCCACGAGGUCGCCGUCCCGAACGGCUACGCGGCGGCCAAGGACGAGGCGGUGCACGGGACGCUGGCCAGCCCGGAGUUCAACGGGGAGAUGGCCAAGCAGUACCCGUUCAAGCUCGACCCCUUCCAGAGCGUCUCCAUCGCGUGCCUGGAGCGGAACGAGUCGGUGCUCGUCUCCGCGCACACCUCCGCGGGGAAGACCGUCGUUGCUGAGUACGCCAUUGCCAUGGCGUUCCGGGACAAGCAGAGGGUCAUCUACACCUCCCCGCUCAAGGCCCUGAGCAACCAGAAGUACAGGGAGCUCAGCCAGGAGUUCACCGAUGUCGGGCUGAUGACGGGCGACGUCACGCUCCAGCCCAACGCCACGUGCCUGGUCAUGACGACGGAGAUCCUCAGGGCCAUGCUCUACAGGGGCUCUGAGGUGAUCAAGGAGGUUGCCUGGGUUAUAUUCGAUGAGAUUCAUUACAUGAAGGAUCGUGAGAGGGGAGUCGUGUGGGAGGAGAGUAUAAUUUUCCUGCCCCCUGCCAUCAAGAUGGUCUUUCUUUCCGCUACCAUGUCAAAUGCGACUGAGUUUGCGGAGUGGAUAUGCAGUCUGCACAAGCAGCCCUGUCAUGUUGUGUAUACGGACUUCAGGCCGACACCAUUGCAGCACUAUGUGUUUCCAAUAGGCGGUUCUGGUCUCUACCUUGUAGUAGAUGAAAAUGGCCAGUUCAGAGAGGAUAACUUUGGGCAGCUACAGGACUCGUUCAGUAAGCAAAAUAAUCAACUAGAUGGAAGGAAAGGUGGUGGACCUAAAGCAAGUGGUCGAAUUGCAAAAGGUGGAAGUGCCUCUGGGAAUUCUGACAUAUAUAGAAUCGUCAAGAUGAUUAUGGAGCGCAAGUUUCAACCAGUCAUAAUUUUCAGCUUUAGUAGAAGAGAAUGUGAGCACCAUGCCAUGUCUAUGUCAAAACUUGACUUCAACACUGAAGAUGAAAAGGAAUGCAUCGAGCAAGUUUUCCGUAAUGCUAUUAGUUGUUUAGUUGAGGAAGAUAGAAGUUUACCAGCUAUAGAGUUGAUGUUGCCGCUUCUUAAACGAGGCAUAGCAGUACACCAUUCUGGAUUACUUCCAAUAAUCAAGGAGCUGGUGGAAUUGCUCUUUCAAGAAGGUCUUGUGAAAGCUCUCUUUGCAACUGAGACAUUUGCCAUGGGUCUUAAUAUGCCUGCAAAAACAGUUGUUUUCACAUCUGUCAAAAAAUGGGAUGGUGAUACUAACCGCUAUAUUGGUUCUGGAGAAUAUAUACAGAUGAGUGGAAGAGCUGGCCGGCGUGGCAAGGAUGAACGUGGCAUUUGCGUUAUAAUGAUAGAUGAGAAGAUGGAAAUGAGUGUUAUCAAGGACAUGGUGUUAGGCAAACCGGCACCCCUUGUCAGUACAUUCCGGCUGAGCUAUUACACUAUUCUGAACUUAAUGAGCCGUGUGGAGGGCCAAUUUACCGCUGAGCAUGUGAUUAGGAAUUCAUUCCAUCAGUUUCAGUAUGAGAAGGCAUUGCCAGAAAUAGUUCAAAAGAUUACACGGUUGGAGAAUGAAGCUACCUUGCUUGAUUCUUCUGGGGAGACUGAUCUUGCUGAAUAUCACAAAUUGGGCCUUGAUAUAUCUGAACUUGAGAAGAAAAUCAUGUCUGAGAUGAUUAGACCAGAGAGGGCUUUGUUGUAUUUGGUUCCUGGAAGGCUGGUUAAAGUGAGGGAUGGUUCAACAGACUGGGGAUGGGGUGUGGUUGUAAAUGUAGUGAAGAAACCUCCAGCAUCUGGUACUCUUCCCCCUGCACUAAGUGCAGCACGUGGUAAUAGCUAUAUAGUGGAUACCCUGCUUCACUGCUCUUCUAUUUCCAAUGAGAAUGGAUCACGUUCAAAGCCAUGCCCGCCUCGCUCAGGCGAGAAGGGUGAAAUGCAUGUGGUGCCUGUACCAUUACCUUUAAUAUCUGGUCUAAGCAGUGUUAGAAUCAACAUUCCUCCGGAUCUACGACCACCUGAAGCAAGACAAAAUAUACUUUUUGCAGUGCAAGAACUAGGAAAACGCUACCCCCAAGGCCUACCAAAGCUACAUCCAAUCAAUGACAUGGGUAUUCAAGAACCUGAACUAGUAGACUUGGUUCAUAAACUUGAGGAACUUGAGCAGAAACUAUGUUCUCACCGACUUCAUAAGUCUGGUCAAAGUGAGCAGGAAUUAUCAUGGUACCAAAGAAAAGCAGAUUUGAAUAGUGAAAUUCAGAAUUUGAAGUCAAAGAUGCGGGAUUCACAGAUACAAAAAUUUAGAGACGAACUUAGGAACCGGUCACGCGUUCUGAAGAUGCUCGGUCAUAUUGAUGGUGAUGGUGUUCUCCAGCUAAAGGGACGUGCUGCCUGUUUAAUAGACACUGGGGAUGAGCUGCUUAUCACUGAGCUUAUGUUCAAUGGUACAUUUAAUGAUCUCGAUCAUCAUCAAGUUGCUUCCCUUGCUAGCUGCUUUGUACCUUGUGAUAAAUCAAGUGAGCAAAUACGCUUGAGAAAUGAACUUUCCAGGCCAAUGAUGCAACUUCAGGAGGCUGCGAGAAAAAUAGCUGAGGUACAACGAGAAUGCAAACUGGAAGUAAAUGUGGAGGAAUAUGUUGAAUCAACCUGCAGACCGUACCUGAUGGACGUCAUAUACUGCUGGUCAAGGGGAGCGACCUUUGCAGAGGUGAUGGAAAUGACCGACAUUUUCGAGGGAAGUGUCAUAAGGCUUGCUAGAAGGCUGGAUGAAUUUCUGAAUCAGUUGAGAGCUGCUGCAGAAGCCGUCGGGGAGGUUAACCUCGAGAAGAAGUUUGAGAAGGCGAGCGAGAGCUUGCGUCGGGGUAUCAUGUUUUCCAACUCAUUGUAUCUGUAAACAAAAUGGUAGUCCGAUUUUUGACCCAAGGCAUAGGAAAUGUAUCCCUUGUCUGUAGGAGAGUAGGAAGUAGGCACGUAGCCUCCACAACCCAGUGGCCCCUAGGGUAAAUGGGCCCUUGUUAAUGUUAUACAUCAGGUCAAGAUAGGAGCAAUGUCAUCAAGCAAUCGUACUAUCGAAGUGUGCAAAUGGUCUCAUACCACUAAUUUUUUU